UUUGCCUUCAGUUUGGUUGUGAUUUUCGUUUGCUUCGGACGUGCGUUGUAUUGCACUCGCCGUUGGCUCGAGUUUGUCCGGUUUGUGAUGAAGCAUAAGUUUUUUUUUUUCAAGCGAUCAAGUCUGGAAAUAUCGUGGCAAUUUUCUUCGUCUCUUGACAACUGUACCAAGUGAGUCGUUUGCAACAGAAAAAAAUAGACAAUCGUGCGCGUGUUGGUGAUCUGGUUUCAGAAUGAGGAUAUUUAUCAAACAACCGUCGACUCGAUCAUUGAUCUCGCUGCUCAACAGCGGCAUCUCUGCAAAUUGAUCGCUCAAGAGACGCCGGCAUUCUAUUGUUACGUGAUCGUAUUGUUAAGACAUUGAUAUUGCAUCGAUUUUUUGCGCAACUAUGUUUUAACACAAAUUUUUGUGAAUAGUUAAUUAUUUUAUUGUGUCAAUAAACUACAAGUCAUCACAAAUAAUUGUACUUGUCAGUGAAUGGUUUCGCUUUGAUGAGCCCGAAUUUUUCUAUUUCAACGAACGAAAGGUGGUUAAAGGUAACAGUUUCAACUUGAAUUCAUUCAACAGCAACAACAAAAAAUAUAUAUAGUUUACAACAUGCUGAGAAUUUGUGCGAAUAGUGAUGGCAUAUACGAUGAUUUAGUGGUAGGGACGAUGUGAACACAAAACGAUAUUGUGUGACAAUGGUGUAUGUUUAACUAUAAAUGGAAUUUGUUUUCGGAUCCACAUUCAAAAGGAACAAUAGAAGUCGCCUGUGUAUAGCAUUCUAUCAAGUGGACUGUGUUAGAUUUCCCAUAAUCACAGUAAAUUAGAUGCAGCAAACAUUUUAACUGUCUCAUGCAUACAGUUGAGAAUAAUUUUUGAAUCGACCUUGGAGCUGUAAUUUAAGAUAGAUGAUUUGAAUAUUAAGUUGUUAUCGAUUGUCUUCAUUUUAAUUUUCUUCUUCAAUAUGCUGCACUACUUUGGCUUAGGCGAAUAUCAUCACAUACAUAGAAUGUCUUCAAGGAAGAGUACCGUCUUUAUGUUCUUUGGGAUCAUCAUCGGGCUGUGUUUCGGUAUUCUAUUCAAGAACUAUCGAGCCUUAGAAUUAGUAAAAAAAUGUAGUCUGCGACCGAAUACGGGCCCUUUGGAAAUGAUAAAUUUACAGCAAAGUGAUACAAUGGCAACGUCCCAAAGCAAUUUAGUUUUCGUCGGUGUAAUGACUGCCAAGGAAUUUUUAACAGAUCGCGCCAAAGCUGUGUAUGACACAUGGGGGAAAGAAGUACCAGGCCGCUUGGCAUUUUUCAGCUCAGAAGGCUCAUAUUCUGAUCAUAUACCUGUAAUCGCACUAAAAGGAGUCGAUGAUCGAUAUCCGCCACAAAAGAAAUCAUUUCGAAUGUUGUAUUUCAUGUACGAGCACUAUAUCGAUCGCUUCGAAUGGUUCGCAAGAGCCGAUGACGAUGUUUAUAUCAAUACUGAAAAAUUGGAGAAAUUUCUGCGAUCAAUCGACAGUACGAAACCACAAUUCAUCGGUCAAGCUGGGCGCGGAAAUUCUGAGGAAUUUGGCUUACUGUCGUUGGAAUUCGAUGAGAACUUUUGUAUGGGUGGACCAGGUGUCAUUAUGUCACGUGAAACACUACGACGUGUGGCGCCACACAUUCCAACAUGCCUAAAAAACUUGUACAGCACUCAUGAAGACGUCGAAGUGGGACGAUGUGUCCAGAAAUUUGCCGGCAUUCCAUGCACUUGGAAUUAUGAGAUGCAAUCCAUUCUCCAUCACAAUUCUAGUGGACAAAAUGCAUUCACUGGAAACUUGAAAACGAAAGAAAUUCACAAUGCCAUUACGCUGCACCCCGUAAAACGUGCGCCCCUAAUGUACCGAUUGCAUAGCUAUAUGCAGGGUCUCCGGGCACAGCAAUUACGACAAGAGACUCUGUCUCUGCACCGAGAUAUUGCAAUGAUGAAAUCUAUUUUAUUAUCAAAAUCUGACGAUAAUGAAAUCGAUUUCGCAAUGAAAUUCGAAGGUUCAGAUUUAUCGAUUUUCCCAUCGAAUGAACCGGAUGACGUGAAUUUUCUCGGUGAUCACGAUAUUCUGAGUACUAAGCCACAUUUGAAUAAGGCAAAAUCAACCACAAGGGAUGAACUAUUAACAUGGAGCUUUAUCGCACGGAGUCUGUAUUCAGGUGAACAAUUGAAUCCAAAGAAGAAAUUAGACUCGUCGCUAAGAGAAGGCUUGGAUGAUGUUAUCAUCGAAGUGAUGGAUUAUAUAAAUAAUUUCUCGCGGCAAAGAGGCCGUGUAAUCGACUUCAAAGAAAUACUCUAUGGAUAUAGCCGCUUGAAUUCAUUGUAUGGCCAGGACUUGGUACUAGAUUUGCUGUUGAUCUACAAAAAAUAUCGAGGUAAAAAAAUGACGGUGCCGGUUCGGCGUCACUUAUACCUCCAACGUGCCUUCACCGACUGCUUUGUGCGAGAAUUGAAGCCAGAUCGGAUUUAUAAUGAGCAAACCGAAACGACAAAAUUUGGAAAUUUAACGUCUUUGUUGUCGUUGAAGAUGAAAAACAUUUGGAAAUCAAGUGUUGAUCGAAUAUCAGAUACUUUGUCGCUGAACAGCACCUUUCAAAACGGUAGAUCGAAAAUUUUGCCAUCCAAAAAGAGUAGAACUGAUCAGACCAAAUCGACCAUAGUAUUUGUCUUGCCAUUGGCGGGUCGAUUCCAAACGCUGCAACGGUUCCUGAAAAAUUAUGAGCGCGUAUGUUUACAGCAUCCGGACACUCAAACCGAAUUACUUGUUGUAUUAUUUGACGAAACGAACUCGAAUCUGAAGCCAUUUUACGCUGAAAUGGAAAAACUUAAGGACAAAUACACGACGUCUCUGAUAAAUCACAUUACGAUUGAAGGAAAUUUUUCUCGUGGAGUUGCUUUGAACCAAGCGACACAUUCCGAACACAUUCAACCGAACGACAUCAUUUUUUUCAUUGAUGUUGACAUUACAUUCAAGCGAAAAUCAAUUGAACGUAUUCGCUUAAAUACCAAAAUGCACAAACAAGUGUAUCUGCCAAUAGUUUUCAGCGAAUAUAAUCCGGCAGUUUGGUCAAGGACACAGUACGAUGGCUCUUCCGACUUUGAUGAUAAUGAACCGCUGAAUUUGGGCCAUAACCGCGGUUACUUCCGUCAAUUUGGCUAUGGAAUUUGUGCAAUUUUCAAAGCGGAUAUUUUGCACCCGGACAUCAAUGGAUUUAAUGAUGAUAUUACGGGCUGGGGCUUAGAAGAUGUAAAAUUCUUAGAAAAACUCGUAAAGUUGCAUCAGACUCCAGUAACUUCCUUUCUGAACGGAUCAAACACAAAUCAUGGAAAUUCAACUGCAGUGCCAUUAUCAUUAAGCUUAAGUGUAUUCCGAGCGGUAGAUCCGACAUUGGUGCACAUUUAUCACGACAUCUACUGCGAUAAAUCACUUAGCGAAUCGCAAUAUGGAAUGUGCGUGGGAACAAAAGCCAAUACACUUGGCAGUUACAAACACAUCGAAUCCAUUUUCAUGAACAAUCAAACCAUAAUCGAUUAUAUGCGCUCGAUUAUCACUGUUAGAUAGGAAUGUGACUAGUAUACAUUUUAACAAAUUGAACCGAUUUUAGUUUUCAACAUGUGUGAUAUUCGAUAUUUAAUAGCGUCAUAGCCACGUUUAAUUUAAGAAAGAACAUUCUAUGUGGAUAUUAUGAAUCUCUCUGUCUUAAGCUCCUCCUACUUGCUUCUAAUUUUUGAUCCGUACGUUAUUCACGUUUUAAGACAUGUAACACGCUCAAGCUGUUAGCUGGGAAAUACCUCAAUAAUUAAGUGUAAAAAAUAUCAAAUUAAGAAGAUGAGAUGCAUUUUUCAAAAAUAAAAAUGAUAUUUUAUUACCAUAACA